GAGGUUUACAAAAGGAGAGGAAAGCAAACGAAAGGAGAGCGCAAAGAGACAACUCCAGUCCAGGAUGGCUCAUGCGAACAGAUUUUCUCAAAUUCCCAUGUCUAAGUGCAUGCGAGAUCUUUGUAAGGAGGAAGACUACACUUUUUUAAACAGUCUUGGGAAGCAGGAUAAGAGUCCGGAGAGCACAUGUCAGGAGAGUGAGUGUGAGGGAAAGCAAGAAGAUAGGAUCCGCCGUCGACUGGAGAACGAGCAGCUGGAACAAGAAAAGCAACGUGAGAUAGAGGAACGGCAGAAGGAGAAAGAAGAACAGUGGAAAAGUCAUGUGGCCGAGCUGACUGUCCAACGCAAGACCAUCCGUGCAAAACUAGACCGACUACGAGAAUUUAGGGACUUUCAGAAGCAAGUUGUACUUCAGGAUUUGGGUCUAGAUCCUGGUUCUGCGAACGAGACCGUCAAGCACCUUCUGAUGAGACUGUAACUGUGUUUACCAUUAUAAAUGGUAAAACUCCAAUCCAUUCAAAUACUUAAACUGCUAACUAUAUGAUAUCAUAUAGGUGUGUAGUGGUCGGAUAACUUCUGAAGAUG